AUGCCCCCCUCCCCUCCCCUGCCCCAUCACCAGCCGCUCGGCCAUAGGGAGUGUCCAGCUGCCCUCUCUCCCCACUCCCACCUCCCCUUCCUCUAUUCAUGGCCCUUUCACUGGACACAGGAGAGCCCAGGGGGGUUCCAGUCGGAUGAGUUGGCUCGGGCUCACCCAGCGCAGAGGGAGGUGAAGGCUCCGCUGGGCUGGAGCCGGGCUGGGGCCGGGCUGGAGCCGGGCUGGAGCCGGGCUGCCCACCGAGAGAGAGCUGCUUCUGGGUUCAGUCGCCCCGAGGAACGUCGAUAA